AUGCCUCCCAGUUGCCGGGGCUUGGGCACGGGCAUGGGCAUCCAAUUCGAUUUCGUGCUCACGCUCUCAACCGGAAAAGGACUGCUUCAGUCAGACACAUCCUGUUUCUGCGACUCUGAUUGCGCCUGUUUAACAAAAUUCGAUAUAAUACUGGUUGGCCAAUUAGCUCUUCGGUUUUUGUCUGGCGCUUUUCAUUAUUAUUGUUUGUUCGGCGGCGGCGACGGCGGCUCUGCUGAAAAGCCUUUGAAAAAGCGCGCAGCUGAGUUUGGGGGUCGUUAGAAAGUUGGUUGGCGAAAAACAUACAAAAACACCGAAUUAUCCAUAAUCUUUCACUGCAAAUUAGACACUAUUUGUGCCGUUUUAUCCCGGCGAUUAAUCGGUUAUAGAGUGCGUUUUGUUAUAUUUUCAUUAAUAUUUUCUAACGGGAACCGAAAGAAGCGCGGGUGA